AUGGUGUGGAGUAGUGGCGGUGGUACAGACAGCAAGAAUAUGAUGAGCAGUUUGAUGCCUUGUGCCGAGGAGGAGGAGGAGGAGCAAGAAGAGGGCUCCAACAAGAUGCCCCCCUUAUCUUCUCCUUCUUCCAUGCUCCUCCCCCAGCACCUCCUUCAAAUCUCCUCUGGCCUGGCCUGCCUCUGCCUCUGCCUCCUGAGUGGGGGAUUAGUCGGAGAUCAUGAGAGGUACAACGCUGCCACAGCUUUACUGUCAAAAGGAUUAGAGGAGGGGCCUGCAGCUUACAAUUUCUAUGGCCAUGGACAUGGUGGUGAGGAGAUCCAGACAUCGGGGACCAACAGUAAGUCUCAUCAGGUGAGCCAGCCGCUCUUGGCGUCGUCCUCUCUUAGGUCCUGCAUCACCGCAAGCCUCGGCAGCAACAUGUUGGACUUCUCAAACACCAACGUGCCGGCACCGGAGCUGAAGAAUCAUCACUCUGAUAACUCUUCCGAGGGUAACAGCGCUGCAAGUGGUUCGGCUCCAAAUAAGAAGGCUAGGGUUCAGACCUCUUCUUCAGCACAGUCUACCCUAAAGGUGAGAAAGGAGAGGCUUGGGGAUAGAAUCACAGCACUUCACCAGAUAGUAUCCCCAUUUGGAAAGACUGACACUGCCUCCGUCCUACAGGAGACUAUUGGCUAUAUCAGAUUCCUCCUGAGUCAAAUCGAGGCUCUCAGCUUCCCUUACCUGGGCCAUGGCAACGGGUCGAACUCCAUGCAACAACACAAUUUGCUGCUAAACCAUAGCACUAGCAAUGGCAUGGUAGAAGUUGAAGGCCCGACCAAGCAGCAGGAGGAGGAGGUGAAUGGCGUGGAGGAGGGCAGCAGGAAGGAUUUACGGAGCAGAGGGCUGUGCCUGGUGCCGGUGUCGUGCACGUCGCACCUCGCCGACGACAACGGCGCCUCGGACUUCUGGGCCGUGGCCGCGGCGGCGCCUCCGCCGCCGCUCGCCGGCAUCAUCUGGCGAUAG